AUGGACCAAUAUCGAUAUAGACGUUCAAAAAGCACGCAAUCAUUACAAAACGCUAGUGGACGAACAACUAGUACAUUACCUGAUCCUGUUAAUGGCAACUCACAAUCGGAAGGUUACAACAGCGAUAUGAGCUAUUCGAUGUAUGCACAGCAGCCAAGCGCACAUAUUGUGGGAGCUUCACCUCCCACUAAGAAACUAAAGAAUUCGAACUUGGAAUCCCAGUUAUACAUGCCGGGACUGCGUCUGAGUCUGGGUGCGGUCGAACAAAACCUAAGUUAUACUAGGAGUUAUAGCGUGCUGAACGACCGUCAGUUGGGGUCAAAGAAUGAUAAUCCUAUCAGCAUGCUGCGAUCCCAUUCGCAUAAUGAAAGUGACGAGGACGAGCGAUUUCUCCGGUUGGCGAGGGAAGCAUUGGUGGCCACGGCUACGGCUGCGAAGAACCACUCCGACAGCUUAUUGGUAGAUCCAACAAUUCAAAACUUGCUAACAAGAUUACAAUACGUUUCGUCACCACAUGGAAAUCCAAUCAGGCGAUCGGACAAGAUAAGAGCCAAUGAAAACGGCCAAUUAAUGAUUCAGGAUUUCUACCAGGAUUUCCCAAACUUGAGUAACGACAUAUUUUCUGAAAACAGAUUCGGAGGAAACAACUCCCUAGAUCAUGACCAACAAAGACCAGAAAAUCAAUCCACUCGUAGUGAAGAUUGGAAUUUUUUGAUCGGUGAACCUCAACACCUAGAGCUGAAAGAAUCAAGGUCCACGCAUGACCAGGGACAUACGAUGUCUCACCCGAUGAACGAAAAUACAACCACCGUGCUAUCGGAUAACUCGCAACUGGACAAGAGCGGAAAAGAGGAUGAAGAUAGAAAGUUCUUGUGUUCUAAAUGUACAAUGUCCUUCCGUCGAUCUUCGGAUUUAAAGAGGCAUGAAAAGCAACAUUUAUCCAUUCCCCCCAAUAUAUGUGAACUUUGUGGUAAGGGCUUUGCCAGAAAGGAUGCUUUGAAAAGACACUCAGGAACCUUAACAUGCAAGAGAAACGCGGAUAGAAAAUUAUAUAUCGAAAACCUAGAUUAUCUACAUCGACCCAAUAACUCAUCGAUGCCAAUACAACCGAAUUAUAAUUCUGGAAGCGAUUGGUGA